GCAGCAGGUUUUCUCACGUCAACAUCGUUGCCAUGGCUGGGCCGGAUAGAUUGGAGCGAAGAAGGCGGCAUGGCGGCACUCCCAUCAUAGCCGUUUUUGUUUUCUUCUAUUGUGCGAUGCUGUUGAGCUCGGUGUCAGGGGCGAGAGAGUCAAGCAAAGGGUACGAUGCAGAUCUGACGCUGUUCUCGCCGGAGGGCAGACUCUACCAAGUGGAGUACGCCAUGCGCGCUGUGGGACACUAUGGCUGUCCAGCGGUCGGGGUGCAUGGAGAAGGUUGCUGCGUCGUUGCGUGCACGCGAGAUUUGCCGGCAAGAUGAGCUAGUGUACCCCGAUUCUGUAACCAGCAUCUUUCGGAUAACUGACGACAUCUACAGUGCGGCCACUGGAAUGACCGGCGACGUUCGGUAUCAGGUGAAGCGGGCGCGGCUUCAGGCACUAGAAUACAAGAGGCAAUACGGCAGCCCAAUGCCGUCGCGGUUGCUUGCUCUCGCGAUGGCUGACGCCGCCCAGGUGAACACUCAGCACGCGGCUCUACGGCCGAUGGCUUGUGUCUCCUUGAUUAUCAGCGUGGAUGAUCCGACCGGACCCGCUCUGUUUCGGAUAGAACCUUCUGGGCAGGUGUUCCAAGCAUGGGGCACCGCUGCAGGCCGCGGCAGCGCAGCCUCCUCGGAUUUCUUAGAGGAGGCCCUGAAAGCUGGGGCAACCAGGGACGGGAGAGGGAACAGCAGACAAGACUCCACAUCGUCAGGGGGGGGCGACGAGCACCGCACUCAAGACAAAGAUUAUUUUCCAGGUGUCCCUAAAACGUCAGUGACGAAUGUUGAGAAGAAAGGCGAUGAUGGCCAAGGUCAUACGACAAGCGAUGCACCCGCUCAUGAAAUCGUCGGGGGCCGUGAAGGGAAUGAAAUUUCCGCUGACGAUGUUGACGCCGACAAUGUUGACGUCCAAGGGCCAGAUGAAGAGACUCACAGGAGACGAGGGAGUGAGGCAGGGGGGAAGAUGAGAGAGCCCCCAGAUGAAAGUACCCCGGUGGACGGCGGGGAGAUUGGGACCGGGUUCGGGGUGGUGGGGGAGAUGGAGACAGUGGAGCUGGCGUUACAAGCUUUGUCCAAGGCGUCGUCUGGUAAAGGAGCCCCCGCUCUCACGGACAGAAACGUGGAGAUUGUCAUAGCUUCCAAGCAGACUGGCAAGGUUCGAGUUUGCUCGCGGAAGGAGGUUAAGGGCUUCCUCGGCAAGAUGACGUUUUCUGCGGACUGCCCGCCGUAUGACCAUGACGUUCGCUGAGAAUUACUGCUGUUCUCGACCCUCAGCACUCUUUUUAGUUGAAGAGGUACAAACUUGGGUUGGAAAUUGCUCUCUCUCUCUCUCGCUCUCUCUCUCUCUGUCGCUCUCUCUCUCUCUGUCGCUCUCUCUCUCUGUCUCUCUCUGUCGCUCUGUCUCUCUGUCUCUCUUGAAGAUUUUUUCGCCGAGCGUCAUGUGUAUACUGCCUUCAGGGUCUUCCGCUAGAGAGUUGGUGAUGCGUGAUGUGUUACUGCUGUUGGCGCGAAGGACAUUGUUCAUUUGCGCACAUUCUGGCAUGACAGGUGCCACCACGUUGGAGCACACGCCCGGUAACACAAUGUAAGUGCCCAUAUUUGCGGCAUU